GUCAGCAGUGUGACUAUUAAUAAUGUGGUGACAUUUAAUCUUGUACUUCCGCCGGACUCCCUACAUUUAUGGUAGAUUGACGGCAGUUUGAUUUAUCAAUGGCGUGUCCUGUGAAUCACUCAGUGGAGUUGAACGCAGCCCUCCUCCCUCUAGACUGGCUUCUGGGUACCUGGGAGUCAGAUGAACCUGGGGAGGGCUGUUUUCCUACCAUAAAACCUUUCCGCUACACAGAGACGCUGAACUUCAGCCACGUGGGACAACCCGUCAUCAACUUUAUGUUCAAUGCCUUCCACGCAGAGACCAAGAAGCCUCUGCACAGGGAGUGCGGCUUCAUUCGAAUGCAGCCGGGAACCAACAGAGUGGCGUUCAUCAUCGCACAAAACUCAGGUCUGGUGGAGAUUGAAGAGGGAGAGCUGACAGCGCAGCAGUUGAACCUGCAGAGCCAGUCUCUGGCCAGAACCUCUUUCGCCAGAGAGCCGCAUGUCCAGCAGAUUUCGAGAGUGUUUCAGCUGCGGCCAGAUGGGAGGCUGGAGCAGACAGUUUCCAUGGCAACAGACAACCAGACUCUGAUGCAGCACUUGCACAUCACCUACCGUCGGUCAUCUUGACCCAACAUUCUGGCAGGCUUCUUCUUGUGCACAGAAAUACCUCGGUCAGGAAAGAUAACUGAAAAGGCUUGAUAAAUAAUCCCAGCUGAGUCAGAUAAUAUAAAUAUAAUAUACAGCUAUCCAAAGGAGCCAUCGUGCCAUAUCAGCAAACCAGUUUAAUUUAAAAUAAUUGCAGGUAAAUCUAAUCAUACACUACAUAAAGUAACACCAGGCCGUUGUUUAGAGCAGUGGGACUGUGUACCAAAAGUUAAUGUUACAGUCAUAUUAAAAAGAUUAAAUGGGUUCUGUGGAGUUUUCAUGUAAACAAACAAAAGUUAUGCUUACAUUCAGUGUUCACUCACCAAAACACAUUGUGCUUAUCCGCGAGGAUAGUGCAUUUCCAUCCAACAGAACAUUUGCAGUGUUUUUAAUCCUGCAUUGUUUAUAUCAAAAUCUCCACAGGGAUCCUUUAAUAUAAAAUUCAUAUUGCAUUUUCAGGUUUUAUACUUGAUGGCCUUGCUUGAAUAUGGGUGCUUGCAUCAUCUUAAUAUUGUGUCCAGAUAAUUAGUCUUGUAGCUGUAAAGCUCAUAAUGCACUGACAAAUUAAAGUUUGUGGACACUGUCCUCUUAACUUUAACCUAAAAAUUGCACUAUUAUAAGGUUGAAAGCUAAAGUAGCUGCUGAUCUUCUGGAGUCAUUGCACUGUGUUCUGAGUGUUUUUGAGUGUAAAAUUCAGAGUCACAGAGAUUUGUUCUGAUACUGUUACUGUGAUAGUUUUCUUGAGGAUGUCCAGGUUUGGUCUGUGUCUUUCAGUUGACUAGUACAUGGGCCUACAUUAAAAGAAAUUAAAGUUAUUUCACCUA